GGAUUCUCUAGGCAAGAAUACUGGAGUGGGUUUCCAUUUCCUUCUCCUUUUAUGCGUAUAUAGAUGAUCAUAUCCUUUCUCUUCUCUUAUUCUGUUAACAUGAUGAAUUAUAUUGAUUAGUUCUCUAAUGCUCCUCUUAUAACUUCUAACCAAAUUUGUUAUUUAAGGAGGUAAAUUUGGAUUGUUUGUAUGUUUCGUUUUCAUUCUGGUUUCUAGUCUAUCUGUUUCUUACUCUCUUAUUAGCUCUUCUUACAAUAACUGGAAGACUCUCCAGGGGAAAAAUACUGUUUCUCUUAUCUCUGGGUCGCUUUUCAGCCAUGGCCAUCUCUCCUGGACAUGGACCUUUUGUGAGGGAUUUUGGCAAUAGGGGAGGUAAAGAUUUCCAAAAGAAAUGCCUAGCAAUUAUAUCUCCUGUUACACCUGCCAAGAUUUACUGCUGCAUCGUGAUUAUCUUUGUGCUUAUAGCUCUAAAUGUGGUCUUACUUACCAAUUGUGUGGCAGUGAGGAGCAGAAAGCCAGACUCACACAUUCUGUAUGUCCCCUGCCCAAAAGGAUGGAUUGGAUUUGGGUGUAAGUGUUUUUAUUUUUCUGAAGACUCAAAGAAUUGGACAUUCAGUCAGACAUUUUGUACUUCAUGUGAAGCUGUUCUUGCUCAGUUUGAAACCAAGGAGGAGCUGAACUUUCUGAAAAGUCACAAAGGCCCUUUUGACCAUUGGAUUGGCCUUAGCAGAGAAUCAUCACAUCAUGCUUGGAAAUGGACAGACAACUCUACAUAUAAUACGUCGUAAGUUUUUAGACUGCCUUCUGUUUUAUUUAUAUGUGGUUAUGGGUGAGAGAUGUAUUUAUGGGAAUGUAAAUUUAAUAUCAUGGAAAGUUUGCUGCACUGUGAGGUAUAAAAUAGAAAUCCUUUGUAUGCUCUUCUGUUUAUUAUCUGUGCCUUUUUUGAAAAUUUUACAUAUCACGUUUUUAGUUGAAAUCUUUAGCAUGAUGAUGACAUUGGACAUAGUUCUUCUGCUUUCACCCACUGACUUAAACUGUGCUGAAAUCCAUAUUUAGAAUGUAGAGAGAACAGCUGAGGUACUCUGGGAUCCUACAGUCUUGGAAAACCACUGAAGAAUUGGUAUCCACAGACCCUCAGUCCACUCUGCCAGCUGCUCUGCCAAUUCCUAAAAGGAAGAUAUCAGAGAACCAGUGGGAAUCCCUCCUGUUAUAAUUUAUCCCUGGAAGGAAUUUAGUAACACAUCUUGGGUUGUGAACACUUCAGUGGGAAUGUUUUAAAUGUAAACAUUACUUUGGAGCCUAUAGAAUAUAAGGGGCGGUCACUUCCCUCAAUCAAAGCUAAGCCUGUUUAAGAAUUUGCUAGUAAGCACAUACCUUUAUUUUCACCCAUGUAUGAGCCAGGUCAGGAGAACACUGAAAAUCAUGUUCCCUGAAAGCUAAUUAAAAUAAUCAGUAAAAGAUCAAAAAUAAGAAUAGAAAAGAGUUUUAUCUGAGCCAAGUUGAGGACUAGCCCAGAAGCCCACUUCCCAGAUGGACUCUGAGAAACUGUUUCAGAGAAACGGGGUUUCUGGCCCUGUUUUAUGUCUUGUCAGAAAAGAGAACAUUAAACAAGUCAGGGUUACAUUCCUACAGGGUUUUGCUUUAUAAAAAAAAAAAAAGGAUAGACCACCAAGUACACAGUGUAUCAACACAGUAUUUUCACCUGGGAAGGGAGUCUUACCAUCGAAGGAGGACCCGUGUUGGUAUCUCAA